CAGGUUCAGACUAAUUUCCUAGUGAGUGGAGGAAAUAAUUUGGAACAUUUGUUGGGGAAAUGAUCGGAGUUUCAGAGAACACUGUUUUCCCCCCUGCCCUUUGAGAGACUAGGGAGCUAUUGCAAAUUUAGAGGGCAGUAUCUGUUUACAGAAUAGCUUUUAUUUAUUGCUGUGCAUGAGUGAUUAAGACACACAGAUGGAUACAUGGCUGAAGAGGAAGAAUGGAAGAGAUGGUGCAUGUACAUGCUGGAGGGCAUCAAAAAGGAAAAGAACAGAUGGAAAAGAGAGUCCCUGGUCCUACCAAGAUGAAGACUCAGACGCUGGGUUGUCUUCUACUGGGCUAAGUGGAUGGGGGAGGAGCCCCACAUUCAGUGACUGAUCCUGAACCCCGAGGACAGUGACGAGAGAGUGACUCUCCUACGCGCUUACAGUCACUCCAGCCCGAGGCAGGUACCCUGGCCUCCCGACCCCCACCUUCCGGACUUCCCCUUCCCAAGCGUCCGCCUCCUCUCCGCCUGCUGUCGCGGCCGAAGACCGGAGUCUGACAGAUCAGAUCUUCGCCUCCUUUCCCUGUAUCUCGAGGGCUGGACUUUGUUCUAAAAUGCAUGAUGAUAACAGCAUGGAGUGGUAGAAAAAAAUACUGGACCAUGAUACUCAGAAGACCUGGACCCUGAUGCAUCUUAGUUGUGUGAACCUAGGCAAGUGCUGUAGUUUAAAAAAGGAAGAUGUUUACCGUUCUUUCCCGUCAACCCUGCCAACAACCAGUUGGCGUUCCAGUAUCGUGGAAAUCCCAAGCUCUGCCACAGCGAGGCUUUAAGGCCCUGUCCCGGACCCCCGCUGUGGUUGCCUUGGUGGUCUUGCUCAUAAGUGUGGCUGUGCUGAUGGCUAUAAUGCUCAUUCAGAUCAACCAGAAAGAAGUCCUGGGCCCAGGCCUGAAGUACGGCAUAGUGUUUGAUGCCGGAUCAUCAAGGACCACUGUCUACGUGUACCAGUGGCCAGCAGAGAAGGAAAACAACACAGGUGUGGUUAAUCAGACCUAUAGGUGCAGUGUGAAAGGCUCUGGGAUCUCCAGUUAUAGAAAUAACCCCCAAGCUGUUCCCAGAGCUUUUGAGGACUGCAUGCAAAGAGUUAAGGAGAAGAUUCCAGCUGAUCUCCACAAAAGCACACCGGCUCAUUUGGGAGCCACAGCAGGAAUGCGGCUGCUAAGGUUGCAAAACGAAUCCGCGGCUCGAGAAGUCCUUGCAAGCAUUCAGACCUACUUCGAGUCUCAGCCCUUUGAUUUUAGGGGUGCUGAAAUCAUUUCUGGGCAAGAGGAAGGGGUGUAUGGAUGGAUUACAGCCAACUAUUUAAUGGGCAACGUCUUGGAGAAGAACGUGUGGAAUACGUGGAGCCACCCUCAUGGGGUGGAGACUACAGGGGCGUUGGACCUUGGCGGGGCCUCUACCCAGAUAUCAUUCGCCCCCGAAGAGGAGGCUGGGCACGGUGCCAACAGCACGGUGCAGGUGUCCCUCUAUGGCUAUACCUACACUCUCUACACCCACAGCUUCCAAUGCUAUGGCCGAGAUGAAGCUGAGAAGCGGUUUCUUGCAAGGCUCUUCCAGAAUUCCACAGACAAAGGCAAGCUGGUCAACCCCUGCUAUCCUCGGGAUUAUGUGACCAAUUUAACGAUGGAACACAUAUUUGGAAGUCUGUGUACAGAAGGGUUAAGGCCAGCCAACUACAACCCAGGAUACAAAAUUUCCCUGGAAGGGACUGGGGACCCCACUUUGUGCAGAAAAAAGGUGUAUUCCCUGUUCGACUUUCAAGUUUGUAGUGACCGGGAAGACUGUUCGUUUGAUGGGAUCUAUCAGCCAAAGGUUAAAGGGACAUUUGUGGCUUUUUCCGGAUUCUACUAUACCGCCAACGCUUUGAACCUCACGGGGAGCUUUUCUUUGGACGCCUUUAACACGAGCGUGUGGGAUUUCUGUUUGCACAGCUGGAGUCAGCUUCAUCUGGUGCUGCCCAAGUUUGAUGAGGUAUAUGCCCGGUCCUACUGCUUCUCCGCUCACUAUAUCUAUCAUCUGCUAAUAUAUGGCUAUAAAUUUUCAAGACAGACUUGGCCUAAAAUACAUUUUAAAAAAGAAGUGGAGAAGAGCAGCAUCGCCUGGUCUCUGGGCUACAUGCUGAACCUCACCAACAUGAUUCCGGCCGAGAGCCCCCUGAUCCAGCUGCCCAUGCAGCCCCAGGUGUUCGCAGGGAUGAUGUUUUUUUUUGCCGGAGUGGCCCUGCUCUGCCUGGUUUUCCUCAUCUACCUGUGCGUGAUGUCCAGGCUGUAGAGGAGCUCCCAGCGUGUCGUUGAUCCUGGCUUCGAUGCUGAGUGAGCCGGGGAGGAAAGCAUUCAAGAGCAGGCAAGGCAAAGCUCAGCAUGGACAAAUGAAGCAGGUAGCAGGACCCAAGAAGGGUUCCCUCCCAGAGGGCCCUGAGCUGCGACCUUCUCUACCCACCUGGAGUGACGGUCGCCACCCACUCUCCCAACGACCCACUAAUUCAUCCGAGGGAAGCUUAGAGAAGAGAAGGAGUAAACAGUGUUGGAUGGGAGUCUGAAACCCCGGAUGGCAAUGAAGCUUGGUACCACCACUUAGAAUGUGUAUGACCUUGGGAAAGUCCUCCUCCUCUCUCUGGUCUCAGUUACCUCACCUUGAAAGUAAGAGGAUUAGACUAGAUGACCUUGAAGGUCCCUUCGAGCUCCAAACAGACAAUCCUGUGAUUCUGUGAACAUUCAAGGUCAGACCUCGCGGAAGUCCCCUAGGAUGAAGGGCCGGCUUCUAGCUUUAAAAUAAACACGAGCGUAGAAGAGAUACCCCAGGGAUCAUCUACCAUCUUGCCUCCCCAAGAAACAUACUCUAUGACUAAUGAAUUUCAAAGGAAGCAGCAUCCUUGCUGGCAGGACUGAAAUAUGGAAGCCUAUACCAGGAGUAGAGCAGUAUUGUCAGAAAGCAUAGUGUGCCUGGCACGUAGUCCGCACUUAAUAAAUGUUUGUUAAAUUGGACUGUUCUUUGUUGAAAACACGGCACUUUGCAAUGUUCAUUAGGACCUGUAAGACCUCUGAUAGCUCAAUCUGCUCCUUUUAUGUCCUUCUGAUUAUUAGCCCUUAAACGGCACCUUCCAUCAAGGACUCGCUAGAUAGAAUGCCCCAUGACGAGGGCUUCCUGGUAAACCUUUGGGCGUUACAUCUACCCUGUCGGUCCCCAGGAUGUUACUCUGCUUAUUUUCACAGCAGUUAUCACCGCUUCAGUAGGACUUUGUAGGGGAAGCCUGUCUGUUAUCUCCACCCUAGCCAUACAAAACAGAGGCUUAUGACUCCACAAUGAGCUGUGCAGUAAAUAGCCAGUUGUUACGGAAAUGGUAUCACCCUGUGCAGUGUUCUCUUCUGCACACUUAGAAUACCCCAUACCCUGAUUCCAGUCUACUCACUAGCAUCAGAAUGCACACCCUCCACCAUUCCAUCUCUCCCUCCAGCAGUUUUUACACCUGGCAUGUUAAUUGGGCAUAGAAUCAUUGGAUACCCAGUUGUUCCUGGAGUUGGCCUUUUGCAUUGGGCUGUUUUCCAAUUAAUAGUUGUUUUGGGUUUUUUUGUUUUUUUGGCUAGGCAAUGGGGUUAAGUGACUUGCCCAGGGUCAC